CUAUAUUUAUUAAUAAAGUUGUAAUAUUUGGUAAGAGAGCCUUUUUCGGUAAGUUUUGGUUGAUCCAAGUGUGGAGAAAUAGUCCGUCGUCACACAAGAUGUAGCCUAGUAGAAAGUUUUUUUUGGGUACUCUUGAGUGUGCGUUUUAUCCUUUUCUUCCUUUUUCUCCAAUUUAUUAUCCUUGUAAAUACAUUUAAAAAGGCAGUAUAUGCACUUGAAAAUGACUUCAAGCUCAUCGUCAAUUACAUCGACAGUCCGGUGCAGUAAUAGCAGCAAUAUGAAUGUUGCAGAAGAACAACAAGAGAUGAGGAGCAAUGAAUUAGCAGCAUCGAUAGCAAACACACAUCGGCAGCCAAGCACGCAGGCGAUCUACCCAGACCAGCACAUUGAAGAUAUCGACGUCGAAGCAUUAUCAAUUCGAGAAGCGACAAAAGUAGAAACAAAAAGCAACAACAGCAUCAUUACCACCGACGACGACAACGACACCAAACCAAAGACUGCCGCUAAUAAUAACAGCACGGUAGAUCGGAUAUUCGCCCAUCCACUUUUUCCAAUACUGUUAUUAGUGGCUGCGGGUUCAGCAGUUUCAUUUCAAUCAGGAAUGAAUGCUGCAAUGAGAGCUACUGCUGGACGCGCCUUUUCAUCAGUGACCAACUUUACAACGGGAUCGCUUGCAUGUUUGCUACUCUUUGCACUAGACCUUUUAAUCCUUCGUACACGUCCUCCACGCUCUAGUACUAUCAAAGACGCGCCAUGGUACGCAUGGAUGGGCGGUGUGUUAGGAACUUACUACAUCCUUGUAAAUAUCUUUCUUGUGCCCGUUCAUGGAGCUGGAACCGUGCUCAGUAUCUUUGUCUGCUCACAGGUGAUCUCGGCAUGCAUCAUGGACCAUUUUGGCUUGACGGGCAUCAAAAAACGGCGCUAUUCGAUAUGGAGAAUGCUGGCGUCGUUAGGGUUGAUCGGAUGUGUUGCUGUGAUCACCUUGUUUUAAUAGUCUGGCUUCUAUAUAAAAAGGGUUAUUCGGGAAGGGGGGGGUGAGGAACGACCCAGUUGGGUAAUCGAGAAUCUUCCAUUAAAAGUACUCGGAAUCUCAAAUCGCGAUAAUGUACGACGUUGAAGUAACUCCCCGCCUUUCUUAUCAGGUCAUGCUUUCUGCCU